GUAUUUACCAUCCAUAGGGAUUUGAAAAAAGGCCUCUCGAAAUAUGACUGAAAGUCAGCAUCUUAGUGGAUCACACAAUUCAUAUGACUGCAUCGUCCAACAAUCUAAUGGAAUUCGCUGCAAUGAAACUGGCAGGAGUAACAACGAAUCGGUUACAAAGCGAAUUUUGUGUGAAGACCACACUAAAACGUCAUUUUGCUACGAUAUUCAUGGUCGAAACGAACCACCGGAUGGUGGGACCCGCGCUUGGUUGGUGAUGAUCAGCGCAUUUAUAUGCAAUGGCGUCGUAUUUGGAAUAAUUAACACAUAUGGAGUCAUACACGCACUUUUGACCGACUAUCUUACAACACAAGGCGAUACGGAAGCAUCGAGCAAAGCUGCGCUUGUUGGCUCGUUAACUAUUGGCACCACGUUCUUAUUCUCACCAGUUGCUGGCGUUCUCACCGAUAAGAUAGGCCUACGCCUGACUACUUUAAUUGGCGGCUUACUCUCCGCCACAGGACUUCUGCUUUCAUCAUUCUGUACACAGAACAUUAGAGCUCUUUAUUUGACCUAUGGUGUCAUGUUUGGCUUGGGGGCCGCAUUGGCUUACACACCAACAUUGGCAAUUUUGGGACAUUAUUUUAAACGCUACCUUGGAAAGGUGAAUGGAUUCGUUGCGGCUGGCUCCAGUGUGUUCACCGUCAUAUUACCGCCUGGCUUAGACUAUCUGUUACAUAAAUAUGGAUUGAAAACAACUCUAAACGUAAUGAGUUUGGUGUCGUGCUUCAUUGUUGUAUGCUCCUUUGUUUAUAAGCCCUUACAUCCACCACCUCAACCGCCCCAAAAGAAACCUGGCCGCUCACGAACAAAUUUACUUCUACGCUCGCUUAUUAAUGUAAAUAUUUGGAAGCGGAAAAAAUAUGUUAUUUGGGCGCUUUGCGUUCCCAUAGCGCUUUUUGGAUAUUUUGUGCCUUACGUGCACAUGAUGAAAUUCGUACAGACGACAUUCCCAGAUGAAAGUGAGAACCUGCCUGUGAUGUGCAUUGGUGUAACGUCAGGCAUUGGCCGACUAAUUUUCGGCAUAAUAUCUGAUCUGCCUCGAGUGAACCGCAUAUAUUUACAACAGUUCGCGCUGACAUGCAUCGGUGUGGUAACUUUACUGUUACCGUUAACGAGUUCGUAUUCUAUGCUUAUCGUUUUCUCAUUGGUAAUGGGUCUUUUUGAUGGAUGCUUCAUUUCUUUGCUUGGCCCGAUAGCUUAUGAGAUAUGUGGGCCAUCUGGAGCGGCGCAAGCAAUUGGUUUUAUAUUGGGAUUCAGUUCGUUUCCAUUAACGAUCGGACCACCAAUCGCUGGCUUGAUUUACGACAGCACCGGUUCAUAUACUACGCCGCUGCUGUUGGCGGGCAUACCGCCCAUAUUGGGCUCAACAUUAAUGUUCCUAAUAGGCUGUGUACGGGAUAAAACAGAAUCCGAACCAAUUGUUCUAAUUAAGGUCAACGAGAACUUCAAAGGAUGUAUAGAAAAAUGACACGACGAUAUAUGUAUUGUAAUAUUCAAAUUCUGUGCAUAUGUUUGUAUGUAUAUGUAAUUUUGCAUUAAGACGAAUUAGAUCAAAGAGAUAUUUAGAAUAGAAAUUGGAAAUAUUUUAUUUGUAGUUGCAUUGGAUGUAAAUAAACUGCCUUGAUCGUCGAUCACUAACGAA